AUGACAAACGACACGGCAGCUCUGCUCUACAUUGGUGGCUAUGAUCAUGACACUAUCAAGGGCGAGAUGGUGACGGUGCCCAUGUCUGGCAGCAGCUACUCCGUGAACGUUCACUCCUUGCAAGUCGGGGACGAGUUGAGUACGGUAGAAGUGUUGAACUUUCACGAGCCGAGCAAGCAGGGGUUUGUAUCAGGGGAGGUCGAUUUCUCUCAACCCUGCCUUUGCAUUCCGAACAACGACGCGAACAGGACUCUGCGUGAGUCUCCGUACGAGCGCUUCUUGCGCUCCAAGUUGGAACGUGGUCAUCAAUUCAUCUCGGUGGCUGUACAGGGAGCUGACGGACAGAAGCAUCUGCUCCGCAUGCCUGGAGACGUCUGUGUGCAGCCUUGCUCUUCAUCGCUAGUCUUAGGGGAUCCCUUCUUCCGCAGUUUCGUCGUUCUGUACGAUCUGUCCGACGGUAACCAUCCCAGGUUCGGGUUUGGAAGGAGGAAGGGCCAAGAAUGGGGGGUCGCUGGCUCUGUAGGGCGAUCAGAGCACUCGAUUCACUUGGCUUCUACUCAUGAUCCCAUAGUAGUUCCUGUUGAGAAGAAGUUGAUGAAAGUCCCGGGAGACGCCGGGCAGCCUGCAGCCUUGAAAUACCUCUAUUUGAUCCAUGCCUCGUUGGGAACACCGGCAAAGGUGGUAACUCUUGCUUUGGACACGAAGAGAGUUGAUCUUCACAUGUUUGACCUUGACAUGGCGAGAAAAGACGAGAAAUCUUCAAGGAUCUCUGAUUUCUCAAACCUUCAUAUCGAGUCUCAGCUUCACAACGAGGGGCAGCCACUGGCGAGGUUACGGAGGUCAAGCAUCGCGGAACACAUCGAGACGAUCGGGAACGAGAUCAAGUCCUCAUUCCACUUUCACAGUGAAAGGACGGCGAAGAGGCUGCUCCUGAAGAAGACACUCCAGAAGCUAAGGAGGUCGACAGAUCUGGGAGAUGGAAAGAGGCCAAGAUCGUACGAAGACUUUGAGGUGGAAGACGAGCAAGUUGGGAGCGGGCAGUUCGAGGGCAUGCUGGGCAUGCGAAAGGUAGCAAGAGUUCCAGCGAUGGUCGGAAUCAACGCAGUUCUCGUGGCAGCCGUGUUUACAAUCACUGUACGCCUCUGGUCGAAGCCCCGGAGACUCGACGGCGGGAAAAAAUUUCUGGGUGCAGAGCAAGAAGAACUUGGCGAUGCGUACGGCUCGCUCUCGUCCAAGGCUUGA